AAAACAACUCGGAAAUUAAAUCAGCAACAGCAAAAAAAAAACAACAACGACAAUCAUGAAGUGCGCUUUAAUAUUCACUCUACUGGCCGCGGCGACUUGCUCUAGUUGGGCCGCACCCUUUGACCUAAACGACCUGUUUCUUGGCCUGCCCAGGAACGCGCGUGUGGAGCAGCAGCCGGCACAGGAUGUGUUCAAGCGUCAGGUUGUGGCCAAUCCCGAUGGCGAGCUGAAGCAGGUCUCGUUCAAUGCGCUAAUUGGCAAUCUGGAGAACAGUUUGUUUCAAUCGGCCUUGAGCUUGAACGGCGCCAGCGCGCCCGACUCCGAGGUGACCGAGGUGAAGCCUGACGAGGACAAUGUGGAGCACAGCGUGAACAAGCGCUCGGAUGAGCCUCUGGCCGCCGCAGAGACCAUUGUCUUGCCUGCCGAUGGGCAGGAGCGCAAGAUUCUGGUGCAGACCACAAAGAAGGUGCCGCUCAGCGAUGAGGGCGUGCCCGCCCAUCUGAUCAUCGACCAUGUCUCGGUGCUGCCGCAAGCUGGUCCCUCGGUGCCGCUGAUACCCACCUUCCAGGUGCAUCGCACCAAGAUCACAUCGGCCACCAUCACCGAGGACGCCAACAACGAUCCCAGCGACGGCAAACAGACCAAGAUCAGCAUCACCAAGACUUCGAUCACCUCAACGGCGCCCGUGGAGAGUCUCGAGGCGCAGGGCAACAGCACCAAUGCGGAGUCGGCGGGCGCCAGCACCACGGAGAAGGUGAUCACCACCAACAGCGAGGAGAGCAAGGGCAGCAGCACCACCACCACCAUUACGAGCACCAGCACCAGCACCACCGCCGAGAACCCCAUCCUCAAGCUGAAGGAGGUCGAGGAGAAGCUCAAGGCCAAGGUGGCCGAGGUGGAGGCUAACCCUGUCAUCCUGACCGCCCGUGUCUGAAUUGGGAGACGUCUCUAGUCUUAGCCAAGUCACAUCGCUCUCCCUGCCCUCCCCACACACACACAAACACAUAUAUACAUACAUAUUUAUAUUACGCCAAGUUCAAUUAAAGUCAUG